UUUGUUUGGGUGUUUGACCGGCAGGUAAAGCAUGGCUAAGAGCUUGCGGAGUAAGUGGAAACGGAAGAUGCGUGCUGAGAAGAGAAAGAAGAAUGCUCCGAGGGAGCUGAACAGACUGAGAAGUAUCCUCAGAGUCGACGGUGAUACUUUAAUGAAAGAUGUUGAAGAAAUAGCAACCGUGGUGGUACCCAAACAGCGCCAGGAGAAAAUGCAGUGUGCCGUGGAAGAGGAAAAGGAUGACAUGAAAAUGGAGACUGAAAUUAAGAGAAGCAAAAAGACUCUUCUAGACCAACACGGACAGUACCCAGUGUGGAUGAACCAGAGGCAGAGAAAAAGACUGAAGGCAAAGAGAGAGAGAAAGCGGGGGAAAAGCAGAGCCAAGGCAGCCAAGGGCCUGGCCUGGUAGUCCCUUAAAAGCUGGAAAGUAGGCGCAGCACUCGGGAGGAAGAGGCAGGCCGAUCUUGAGUUUGAGGCCAGCCUGGUCUACAAAGCAGAUGCCAGGACUGUUACACAGAGAAACCCUGUCUAGAAAAACCACACGCACACACACAAAAGGAAAAAAAACCCUGGAAAGUUUCAUGGGACAGAAGUUUGGUUGUUAGGAAUGUCUGCACUGAUUUCAGCUCUUACUAAUUGGAAACUAUUUGUUUUCAUAUUUUAGUUUGGUCUUACAUCUGUAAUUCAAAACCAGAGUAAUUCAUUUGUUUUGAGGGAACUUGAAUAAACUAUCUUCUGUGAUGAAAGAAAA